AUGCCCCUGUAUCUCGACUACCUUUGGUCCCUACGGGAAAAAAAGGCAUUCAAUGGUGAAGUCGUCACCUUCUAUGUCGGUAAACAAAAGAAAAAGUUUUUUAUACAUAAGAAACUCCUUAUCGAAACCACAGACACACUCAGAGUGGCAUUGAACGGGACUUUCACAGAAGCAGCCACUCUUGAGAUGAAUUGGCCCGACGAUGACGAGUUAACGUUUUGCUGUUAUCGGGAUUUCUUAUACCACGGUGAUUACGAUAUGCCAGAGGGUCUUGACGUAUGCAGGAUUGCGGCUACGCAUCUACCGCCUGCUUCUGUCCCUCUUGGCCCCACUUCGGAUAAUUCGACCUUGGGUAACGGGGACACAGACGCGCCGGGGAAGGAUGAAAUAACUCACGUGAACCCCGAGGAGGACCCUAUCACCAUUCCUAACUCACUCAAAGACCUACCUCCCUCUCCAUCGAUUGAGGGGAGUGCAGUAAAAGAUGUGCAAUCUCCUUCAGCCCAACCUAUGUCUUUUCCACGUUCGCUCAAUGCCUUCCUUUCACACGAGCCUCUCAACGAAAGGACCGGAGAGAAACGCAAGCGCCCUACUGAGGGAGCUGCACUCUUGGCAGUGAAAGCAUUCCAAGAAUUAUGGCCAUGCAAAAACUUUUUUGACGACAUUACGUGGGUAGCUUCCGAACAAGACGAUGCUGACGUCUUUAGAGACUCUGAUCUUCUGAUUAACGCUCGAGUCUACAUUCUCGCCGAUAGGAAUAUCUGCAAACCUUUGAUCCAUAUAUCUCUAUACCAUUUAAAGGUUGCCCUUCGGUGUUAUGUCCUGGAGAACAUCACCUCGCUCAUGGAAGUUGUCCGUGUACUCUAUGAAUCGACACAACAGAACGACCCUGCCCGGAUCCUGGUUUCCGCCUACAUUGGAUGCUUUUAUGAACGAAUCAGGCAUUUAGAGCCAUUUGAGGAAGUUUAUCUGGAAGUGGCGGAUUUUCGACAUGAUCUUCAAAACUGGUUAGAUCUACGGCUUGCAGGUGGUGAGGAGGGCUUUGAGGUCAUUCCGCAACAGCAGCAUUCCGCCCUCCUCCAACAUGCAUCACUGGUUAUGCAUGGUGCUGAUCCAGGCCUCAACGGCAAGCUUGAGCUGUUGAACCUUGCUGAGGCUGAGCUCAGGGCACCUAUCUGGAUUGACUUGGAGGAGAACAGCUGA